AGCGUAUCGUGCAAGAUUGAACAAAUAUUAAUUUAUUUACUCCCCUCUCCCCUCCUCCGUCCCAUUUUCGUUCCAUUUUAUUUAAUUAUUAUUAUUAUUACUACUUACUAUAAAACGCAAGCGAUCCUAAACCCACUUCUGGAGCUCCUCUGUCCCGAAGAGCUCGGCACAUCUCGAUCGGUUAGCAAUGGCGAAGGACGAAACCCUAACCCUAACCCUAACGGAGAGCGUGCGGGUGAACGGGUCCCCGGCGGUGGCGAGCCUGGGGGCGGAUGGGACUCUGCGGUGGCGCAGCGAGGGCGGGGCGGGGGAGCGGUGUGUGACGUUGGAGAAGGAGGUGUUGGGGCUGGAGGCGGAGGGGAGGACGAUAACUGUUAAGGCCUUCGGCGCGGCGGAGGCGAAGGUCGUCUCCUGCUGCGGCGGAGGAGGCAGCGGCGGCGUGGGCAGGGCGAGGAGGGAUUACGUGCUCGAGAUGCCCUCCGAUGAGUCCGCGGCGCGGUGGAGCGCCAGGUUGAGCGAUCGUAUCAAUUUGCUUGACCGGCCAAAACGGCUGUUUAUUAUUGUAAAUCCAUUUGGUGGAAAGAGAUGUGGACGAAAAAUUUUCCAAACAGAAGUUAUGCCACUCCUCGAAGCUGCUGGUAUCCUUUUUACCAUGCAAGAAACAAAGUAUCAGCUCCAUGCACAAGAAAUUGCCCACUCUUUGGAUCUUAUGAAAUAUGAUGGCAUCGUAUGUGUCAGCGGUGAUGGUGUUCUUGUGGAGGUAGUCAAUGGUUUACUGCAAAGGGAAGACUGGGACACUGCAAUAAAGGUCCCGCUUGGGAUUAUUCCAGCUGGUACAGGGAAUGGCAUGGCAAAAUCACUUUUGCAUUCAGUUGGUGACUUAUACUCGGUACCUAAUGCUGUAUUUGCCAUUAUCCAAGGUCACAAGCGCUCUCUUGAUGUUGCUUCUGUUGUGCAAGGAGGAACAAAGUUUUUUAGCGUCUUGAUGCUUACAUGGGGUUUGAUUGCUGAUAUUGAUAUUGAGUCAGAGAAAUAUAGGUGGAUGGGAAGCGCUCGUCUUGACUUUUAUUCUCUUCUGCGGAUAAUGAACUUGCGAAAGUACAGUGGGCUUGUUCAGUUUGUGCCUGCACCAGGAUAUGAAGGAUACGGCGAACCAAUAAAGCAAAUUGACUACCACAAGGAUGAAACCACCUGCUCCCAAGAAGGACAAGAAAGUAAUGUCGAAGCCCAAACACAGGGUUACCCAGGCCCUCAGAUUGAUUUUCAAACUACAGAGUGGAGGGCCCUUGAUGGCCCGUUUAUCUCUGUCUGGAUUAACAAUGUGCCUUGGGCCAGUGAAAACGUCAUGCCCGCGCCUGAUGCAAAGUUCUCAGAUGGCUACCUUGAUGCGGUCAUAAUCAGAGACUGUCCAAAGUCGGCCCUCUUAGAUCUGAUGUUAAAGAUAAGUGAUGGGAGUUAUGUCAAAUCGCCCUACGUCACGUACCUCAAGGUGAAGGCUUUUCGCUUGGAGCCAGGUCGGCGGGUGGGGAAUCCUGAUAAGGGCGGCAUCGUCGACUCUGACGGAGAGGUGAUUGCGAGAGGCGACAGAUUUCACGACCGCAGCCAACACGAGAAUCUGAUGGCUUAUGGUCCUCCUAUUCAGAUGACAGUAGAUCGGGGUUUGGCUACCAUAUUCUCUCCUGCUCGAUGAGUCUUCUUUUCCUCUUAUUCUUUACCUUUCGUUCUCUCUGUUAGUUGCUUCAAGUGGGUACUCUAAUGAUCAUGUAUUCCUGUAUGUACAUAACUAAUGGUGAUCAAGAUGCUCGCGUAUUCAAACUGGCCCAAAAACAUCUGUUACGCUAAUAUCCCAAACAAAACCCUUUAAUUCUGACCUCUGAAGGGCACGAAUUUGUGGAACAUGUGCGCGCACUUUUUAAAUGCUUAUUCAGACAUGCACAGUUGGGCGUGAAUGUAGACGCAUGUGAGUGCAGAUAACCUAAAUUUCUUUGCCGGAUCACAAAAAACCAACGAUAUGAUGUGUGGAUGCUUGUAAAGUAGUAGGCCUCAACUUUAUAUUUCUUUAAUGGAAACUUUUUUAUUA